AUGGAUGGCCACACCACCGACCUUGUCUCUAGUCGUCUACAUGGCCGUCACGGUGUUCUUCGCGAUCAGCACAAGACAGUAAUCCUCACUACACACAACCACAAGAUCAUGGCACUUGCCAAUAACAUGAUUGUCCUCGAAGCCAGGCAUAUUAUUGAGACCGACAGCCCCACUACUCUACUUAAAGGCGACGGUUACAUCAGCAAGCUUGGAUUCGAGGCCAAUUAUGAUGAGGCCGAACAGACCUCUCGAACUCCGGAUUCGUUGCUUGCUGUCGAAUCAACUUGGGCGUCCAAGGACAGGGAAGGGGAAUCGACGACAGCACUCACCGAUCUGAGACGCAAAAAUGGAUGCCUGUCCGUCUACAAAUAUUGCAUUGCUAAUGCCGGCUACAGUUCUGUCACCUUGCACGUCGUCUUUAUUAUACUAUGGGUGUUCUCUACAGAGUUUUCACCUGUUGUUGUGAAGUGGUGGUCUGAAGCGAACGCCAUAAAGCCAAAUCAGGACAUGAGGAUGUGGCUUGGUGUUUACGCCAUUCUAGGCGUGCUUGGGACUCUAGGAGCUACUGCUGCUGCGUGGUUUGCGUUAGUUUCUAUUAUAUCGUACACGGGAAUCCAUCUUCACUCCGAUCCGUUACAGCAGCCGAGUUACCUGCAAAGUUGCAUUCAACACUGGCUCAACUUCAUGCUUGAUCUCUUGGUAACCGUGCUCGCCAUCGUUGUAGUCGGCACUACUGUUACUUGGCAUGACAGAUCCAGCGCCGGCAGCGUAGCGCAGACAUCAGUCUUGUCAUGGUCAUCAAUUUCAGCUAAACGCUAA